AUGAAAGAUAAAGAAAAAGAAAUAGAAAUAGAUGAGGCAAGUGAAGAAGAGUCAGAGUGGCAUAUGGUAAAAGGCAAGAAAAAUUCUAUAGGAAAAGAGUUAGGAAAGAAAAGAAAGUUUAAAAAUAUUAUGGUAAGAGAAAAUAAGACAGCUUUAAAUGUGAACAGUAUGAAAAAUAUGAAGAGGAGAAUUAAUAUUGUGUACAGGUUUGCAGCUGUAGAUGCUCAAAUAAUAGUGUUAGAAGACAUUGGACUGUUAAUGGAAAAAGAAAGGGUACAAGCAGCAAGGCUUUGGAAUGGUACUGUUAUUUGGAAUAUAGCCAACAAAUGCAGUGUGAUAAUGCCUCCAGAAAAGAGCACCAUGACCUGUUUACAUCUAUUUGAAGAUUUCAGCUACAGCUCUACCUGUAGUUUCACCUGCACAGAGGGGUUCAAACUGAGUGGGUCUGAGAGGCUCCAGUGUUUAGCUUCUGGAAUGUGGAACCAUCAGCCACCAUCCUGUGAAGCCCAGAAAUGUUCCCACUUACUGUCUCCAGAGAAAGGUUUCAUGUAUUGCUUACACUGGUUUGAAGAUUUGAGUUAUAACUCCACCUGCGACUUCAGCUGCAUGGAGGGAUUUCUGCUGAAUGGUUCAGAAAGGCUGCGAUGUACAGUUUCUGGGAAAUGGACAUCAGAAGCACCCACUUGCAGAGUCCAGAAGUGCAACAUGAUAACAUCACCAGAAAUGGGUGCUAUGACCUGCAACCAUCCCAUUGGUGCCUUCAGUUAUAAUUCCACCUGUAAUUUCACCUGUGGAGAGGGGUUCAUACGGAGAGGACCAGAAAGGCUUCAGUGUUUAGCAUCCGGAAUGUGGAGCCAUCAGCCACCAGACUGUAAAGGUAAUGCAUACAGUGCGUAG